GUUAUCUCCAGAAAUAUUGUCCACCGAAGCAAUGGCCUCUCCCACAAACAUAUCAAUUGCCCCCGCGGCGUCUGUGCCGCCCCUUGCGCCAGCGUUGGCGAUCAAGCCUGUUGCUGCGACCGCGUCACCCGGCCCGGGCACACCCGGCUCCGUCACCUCCAAGGAAUGGGUGAUUCCUCCACGCCCCAAACCUGGCCGCAAACCUGCCACCGAUACGCCGCCCACCAAACGCAAGGCACAAAACCGUGCGGCCCAGCGAGCGUUCCGCGAACGGCGAGCCGCCCGUGUGAACGAGCUCGAGGACCAGAUUAAGCAGAUCGAAGACGAAAAUGAGGUCCAUAUCGCCGCACUGCAGGCCAAGAUUUCGAACCUCUCCCAAGAGGCUGAACAAUCCAGAACUGAAAUGACAUGGUGGCGGGAUCGCUGCCAUGCCUUGGAGAAGGAGGUUGCCGUCGAGCGAAGUGCCAAGGAGACCCUUGUCAAGGAGUUCAAGAGCACCCUUUCCGACAACAGUAACAACAGCAGAAAUAUUUCUCCAAGCCAAGAUAUUGUCCCACUCCCGGCCCGGUCGUCGAGGACCCGCAACGCCCAGAUCGCCCGCGACAUCAGGGACCAGGAGCGCAGGGAUGCCACGGAGACCGAAGACGUUGCUAUGGGCUGCGGCGAUUGCUCUCACGCCCGCUGCCAGUGUAUCGAAGACGCUUUUGCCAUGAACGAUGCCGUCUCUACUCGUGAUUCGUCGAGCUCCAAGAACCAGCGCCCUCAUUCUCGCAGAUCGGGCAUCCAGCGUAUCGAACCGGAGAUUAAGCCUGACCCCGAGGAGAUGGAGAUCGAUUUCACCUCGAGAUUCUCGACCAUCCAUUCUCUGUCUGAAGACCACACGUCCCUCGCCGUCUCCACUCCCGUUGACCCCUGUGGGUUCUGUCAGGACGGUACUCCAUGCAUCUGUGCCGAAAUGGCGACGAUGGACGAGCAACGCAGACAGAGAGACAGCUACGAAAACAACCGCCUCGCACCGAUUCAGACCCUAUCCGAGUUUACCCCCCCGCCAUCCGACAGCGAUGCCCGCUCAGAGGUGACUCUUCCGUCGAUCAGUCAAGCGACUAAUCCGUGUGCCAACGGUCCCGGAACCUGCGCCCAGUGCCAGGCGGAUCCCCGGCGGACCCUUUUUUGCAAGACCCUCGCUGCCUCCCGGUCUGCGGGCGGCGCCGCGCCCUCAGGCUGCUGCGGCGGUAAAGGCCGUGAUGGUGGCUGCUGCCAGACCCGUCCGACCAGCAAGAACUCUCUCCCCGCCGGCAGUUCGGCCAGUUCCCCUCUCACCUUGUCCUGUGCCGACACGUUCACCACCUUAUCCCGCCAUCCCAACUUCUCCCGGGCAACGGAUGAGCUGGCCUCGUGGCUCCCCAAGCUGCAUACCCUGCCCAACCCAAAGGACCUUGAGCGGCUUGGUAGCCGCCCCGCAAUGGAAGUCGAAGCAGCGAGCGUGAUGGGCGUGCUCAGAUACUUUGAUCGACGGUUCGCCGACAACUGAUCAAAAACCCUCUUUUGUUUCUCUCUACCUAUCCCCCCCGGCCCUUCUUCUCUGACACGCUUUCCCAUCCAUGCUUUCCUGCUUACGAAUUUUCUUAUUCAUGAUACCCAUUUUCACCCUUUUCCACCUGAUACAAUACCACCGUCAUCAGAACGGGUUUGUAAACCAUACCCAUCUCCUCGCAACCUUAUCGGCUCCUUGCCGAGACGCGCGUCGUGAGAUUGGGCUACUACAUCUUCUAUAUGG